CCUUGGGCAGAAGUUUUGUCCCUGUGGCCAGCUCUCUCUGGCACUGCUCAGUUUGCACCCGAGCACCCAGUUGGUACUUAGAGAGCCUCUCCUUUACCCUGACCAACUGAGCCAGCUUGGUGACACAACCACCUUUCCUCUGCUUUGUCCCACAGCAGGGUGGGGAGAGCCUGCCAGGGACCUGGCUCAGCCUUGAGAUUGCUGGCAGACACAACAAGGGGCUGGGGCACUGGCACUGGAAAGAGUCGAGCAGAAACCCGGCCCCAGCCUGCCACUAGGACCCUUCCUGUUCCCAGCAUCAGUGCCCUUGGCCAUGGACCGCACGGUAGUGCUGAUUACCGGCUGCUCCUCUGGAAUCGGCCUGCACUUGGCUGUUCGUUUAGCUUCUGACCAGUCCCAGAGCUUCAAAGGUAUAGGAGGGGACAGGCAUGGAGGCCAGGGAAGAGCCCCCACAGGUAAGCAGGGUGAUGAAUCAUUUAUCCCCUCCCAAAUUUUAGUAUAUGCCACACUGAGGGACCUGAAGACUCAGGGACCACUGUUGGAGGCAGCCCGGGCUCGAGGAUGCCCUCCUGGCUCCCUGGAGACGCUGGAAUUGGAUGUCAGGGAUGCAAAAUCUGUGGCCGCUGCCCAGGCUCGUGUGACUGAGGGUCGUGUGGACGUGCUGGUGUGUAAUGCCGGCCGGGGCCUAUUCGGGCCGCUGGAGGCGCAUGAGCUGGACGCGGUGGGUGCUGUGCUGGAUGUGAAUGUGGUUGGGACAGUUCGGAUGCUGCAGGCCUUUCUGCCGGACAUGAAGAGGCGCCACUCCGGGCGUGUGUUAGUGACCGCGAGUGUAGGAGGCUUGAUGGGGCUGCCGUUCCACGAAGUUUACUGCGCCAGCAAGUUUGCGCUCGAGGGUUUGUGCGAGAGUCUAGCGAUCCUGCUGCCGCUGUUUGGAAUCCACGUGAGCCUCAUCGAGUGCGGGCCAGUGCACACAGCCUUCUUUGAGAAGCUAGAGGGUGGUCCCGGCGGGGCUCUGGAGCGUGCAGAUGCCCAGACCCGCCACCUCUUCACGCAUUACCAGCGUAGCUAUGAGCAAGCUCUGAGCGAGGCACAGGACCCAGAGGAGGUGACAGAGCUCUUUCUGACUGCGCUGCGAGCCCCGCGGCCAGCCCUGCGUUACUUCUCCACCCACCGCUUCCUGCCCCUGACUCGGUUGCGCACAGAGGAUCCCAGCGGCAACAGCUACGUCGCUGCCAUGCACCGCGAGGCCUUCGCUGACCUCCAGGCGCAGGAAGGCUCCGAGACAGGGGCCAGAGUCCCGGGGGACCUGGACGCGACCUCCAGCGCCCUCAUUUGCCUCUCUGGGUGCGCGACCCCUCAGGUGGCAUCUGAAUUGUGCUGGCCUGCAUUGGAUAAGCCGGGUCAGAACAAACCAUGCUACCAGCAAAAGAACUAAACCAGAGUCUCCUUUUCUUAUUUUAGAAUGUGUUUUCUCUUUGAUGGGGUCUCACUAUGUAGCCCUGACUGGCCUCUAACUCAUAGAGAUCCGCUUGCCUCUGCCUCCUGAGGGUUGGAAUCAAAGGCCUGUGCAACCAUGCCCUUCUCAGAAUCAUUUUAAAUAGUGCAAACUUUCUCAUGGGUCAAGAUUGAGGGCUAAUAUGUAUAGUCCGAGGUUCUAGGUUAAGGGUUUUUUUUCUUCCAAUAAAUUUAUUAUUAUUGUUCAUGAUGUGGAUGUGGACACAAUCAACCAUGGCACAGAGUGCAGAGGUCAGGGGACUUUGUUCUCUCCCCCACCAUGGACUCCAGGUCUUCAGGCUUGAACCGGAAAUGCCUUUAACCAAUGAGCCAGCAAGUUGGGGGAGGUUUUAACUGUCUGCAAUGACUGGGAUCAGCCCAAUUGUUGUCGAAUUGGUGUCUCACAUCG